CGUUCUCACCGGGCUCCUCACCAGGACCAGUUCUCUGCUGAGGCCACUGCGUUUCUGGGUGCAGGGGCCUUGUCUCUCUUGACAUUUGCCUGAAAUGGAACUGUCUGUGUGAACUAGGCCAGGAAUCGCCCUGCCGGGGGGCUGGGAGGUUGCCGGAGGAGCCCAGCUGAGUUUCAAGAUAUAAAAGCAACUUCGGGUGCCCCUUCUUGCAGCCGGGACGUAUUAAGAGUCUGGAAGCCGGGCAGCUCCUGGCGUCGCGGGGCUCGCUUCCCCUUCCCUCCUUUCUGACCCUCCCUCCUCCCGCCCACUGCUCCCUCCUCCCUCAGCGCCCUGCAGCCUCCACGCUCCCCGGGAGCUCUCGGACAGCCUUGCGGGGUUAUGGAGUUCCUGAGUGAGAAGUUUGCCCUGAAGAGCCCGCCAAGUAAAAACAGCGACUUUUACAUGGGCACAGGAGGCGCGUUGGAGCACGUUAUGGAGACGCUGGACAAUGAGUCCUUUUACGGCAAAGCGACGGCAGGCAAAUGCGUGCAGGCCUUCGGGCCGCUGCCGAGGGCUGAGCAUCACGUGCGCCUGGACAGGACCUCGCCCUGUCAGGACAGCAGCGUGAACUACGGGGUCACGAAAGUGGAAGGACAGCCCCUUCACACGGAUCUGAAUCGAGCAAUGGAGAGCUGCAACAAUCUCAGGAUGUCGCCAGUGAAAGGGAUGCCAGAGAAGGGCGAACUGGAUGAACUUGGGGACAAAUGUGACAGCAAUGUGUCCAGCAGCAAAAAGAGGAGACACCGAACUACAUUCACCAGUUUGCAGCUAGAGGAACUGGAGAAGGUCUUCCAAAAGACCCAUUACCCGGAUGUAUAUGUCAGAGAACAGCUUGCGCUGAGAACGGAGCUCACGGAGGCCAGGGUCCAGGUUUGGUUUCAAAAUCGAAGGGCCAAGUGGAGAAAAAGAGAACGUUAUGGCCAAAUACAGCAAGCUAAAAGCCACUUUGCGGCCACCUAUGACAUAUCAGUUUUGCCAAGGACUGACAGCUAUCCACAGAUUCAGAACAAUUUGUGGGCAGGAAAUGCAAGUGGUGGUUCUGUGGUUACUUCAUGCAUGUUGCCACGUGACGCGUCCUCCUGCAUGACACCUUAUUCUCACUCGCCUCGGACAGAUUCCAGUUACACGGGGUUUUCAAACCACCAGAAUCAAUUCGGCCAUGUGCCCCUCAACAAUUUUUUCACUGACUCUCUUCUCACUGGGGCUACCAAUGGACAUGCGUUUGAAACAAAGCCAGAGUUUGAAAGGAGGUCUUCCAGUAUCGCCGUUCUGAGAAUGAAAGCCAAAGAGCACACUGCCAAUAUUUCAUGGGCCAUGUAACAUACAGUACUCCUUUAUUUUUCUUUUCAUAGCAAAGUAAAAUAUUCUUAUUUCUCAUAUUUAAAGGAUACCACAAUAAGCUGCUGUGUGUGGAAGGGCUACAGGUCAAGAUAUACGGUGAGACCAGCUUACAUGAAUAGUUGUUUUUAUUUAACAUUAAAAUCUAAGAAUGGACCCCUGAAAGGACUAAAUAGGUUUACCAUGCACCAGCCUCCACAAACUCUGUUUUAGUAGUAAGUUUUUUUUUUCUAUUGUACAAGUCAAUGAAAUAUGGUCAUGCAACUUCUUAAAGGAAUAAAUGUAUUAAACAAAUCCUUCUGUGAUAGACUGAUUUAUGCUAGUUCUGUAUAACAAGAAAUCCCUUGUAAAAUGAUACCUGAUAAACAAGGAAACACCCUGGGGAAAAGCCAGUAUUGAUCCAAGAGGUUUUGAGAGCUAACACUAUUUUCCCUUCUUUGGCUCCAAGAUACAAUGGUCAUACACUCUUUUGCAGCCUCAACAUUUUUUUUUUAACGUUUUAGUGUUUUAGUGAAUAUCCACUCGGUGGGGGUGUGGAGACGCUUUUCUGAACUGAUAGGUAUUUGCUCAAAGUAUCUGGGCACAGUUUCUUGCAACCAUGUGGCUAAAGGUGACAACUGAAGUACCCAUGUGUGAUUUAAAGCCUAGUCAACUGGACAAGUUUUAUAAAUGCAACUUUUAAGUGAAGAAGCCGGCAUGAAGACUGAGUCUUAGGGAUUAAAACCAAGACAUUAUUAGUUACUGAACUAUUGCUUUUAUACCAAAUUCAUGUUGAUUGAAUCACAUAAAUAAAUAUCUAGCAAAUUCAGUAUAGCUUUUCAAUUAAAGGAGUAGUUGAACUUACGUUUGAAGGUGAUCAGAGCUUAUGUUUGUUUUGAGGGUAUACGCAUGUUCAAAUGCCUGCCUGUUUGGUCUGGACACAUUAUGCCUUAAGUGUUUCUGCUACUGUGCUUCACAUAGAGAAGUAAGUUGUCAGGAGGCUCUCCAAAAUUUCUAGUUUAAAAAAAAGAAGAAGAAAAAUACAUUGCAUCUGGAAAAUGGCUAACUUCUUUGAUUUACUUCUCCUCCCUUCCCCUGUCACAUUCCAAGCUUUUUCAGAUGAGUGAAAUGUCAGCCCCCUUGAAAGAUUCUUAAGUUCAUAAAGGCAAAGUCAAUUAAUUGAAACAAAGAUGACUUCCAUGGUUCAGAUCAGAGCAGCAUCUCCUCUUUGUACUCUGUCAGGAUCUUCAUGUGGUUCCUGUGGACUUUAGCAGUCGUCUGAGAAGCCCUGAUGGGUAAAGAACAGGAGUACGUGAAUUUUGAAAAUUAAAUUCGAUAAAAAGUACUUUUAUCCACUAAGUGUCUUUUGUUAGUGGGAAAAUAUUUACAGCAAUUAGACAGCUUUUGUAAUAAAAGUUUAAAUCAGGCAGAUGAUGGAGAUGAGUGAUGUCCUAAACAAACAUUCCUUGACUUCCUCAUGACUCUCCUCUUUAUUGCCUUUGUGCCUUCCCUUUUUAGUUCUG